ACAAGCUGAGUUGAGUAGAUGUAGGAAAUAAAAGAACAAAAUAUGGCGGAAGCAUCGUACUCAUUAUUUCGAUAAACUUUGGCAACCAAGGCUGCUUAGAAUAAUCCAUUUCGAUUUAUAAAUACUAUAAACAUUCUAAGUAUGCCAAGCCUUACUGCCUUACCUCUGAGUCUCUCAGAAAUUCUAGAGACCAGAGGGGGACCACUCAAAGAGCUAGAAAUUUGGGCUCUCCUCUGUCUGUGUGCUGAGGCACUGCAGGAUAUCAUAAUCAAAGGAGAGGUCAUUGCAGAUGUGUUUCGACAUAUGAUUACACCAAGCAGCUUAUUGUUAAAGAAUAAUGGCACUAUAAUGCUUACAGAAGUUGCCCACAAUCUGCACGGCUCUUUAUAUAUGGCACCAGAGUUGCAAGCUAAUUUAAAGCAGCCAUUUUCAGAUACUGCUUUUGAAAAGAUGUUUGUAUACUCUCUGGGUCGCACCUUACAAGUGGCUUCAGAGUUUGGUCUAAAAGAGAAUGAGGUCCUGGGUAUCAGUUAUGACCUUGAUUCUCUUCUACAAGCCAUGAGUGAGCGCAAUGCAUCUAUAAGACUGAGCUUGAUGUCUAUUUUAGAAGCUUGUGCACUUCAAGCCAGUUCACAUUCACUUAAACCUCCAAACACAUACACUUUGUCAAAGCUUUACAGAUCUGUUCUUGGAAAUCAAUUAAAGAGGUUCAUGGAUGAUGAAAGUCUGAGCAGCAGCUGGAGCCACCAAAGCCUGAUGUCCAUGCAGCCUGGCAGAGCCCGCAGGCCACGCCCUCGUGUCAGACAUCGGCAUGAGCACAGAAGGUCAUGGUCACGUUCAAGGUCCAGGUCACGGUCACGUUCUCCCAGCAGAGACAGAGGUGACAUUGACUCAGGGAUUGUGACUGCUAGCUACCAAGGCUCUACAUCUCCUCAGAAGCUGGUUGCCCCUCUGCCUGGGUCAAACGACACACAUGGGGCACCCACAGCCACCUCGUCUGCAUCACAACUAUUAAACACUUCCAUGACUUCCUCGUCUAGUAAUUACUCUGACCUGGGAACCAGGUAUUCACAGGCUGCUGCAUACUCAGUCCAGGGCUUGCUAGGCCAGAGACAAGGCAGCCCUGCAUACCAAAAGUACAUACAGUUAAAAGAACGGCAGAUUCGUCUGCGUCAAGCUCGUUGUGGCAAACAGCAGUCAGCAUUAAGUGAUGUCCGCAGUCGACUAAUGACACCUACUUUAAUGUCAUGUGAAAAUAUGACUGAUGCUCGUUCUAUGGCAUCACUGAUGUCAUACACAUUAGGAACAUACAAACCAGACUUGCAUGCGCAGCUGGGAUCACAGGCAGCACUAAACUACAGCAAAGAUACAGAGACAGAUACUGGAAGUCAGCUGUCACUGUUGUUAAACACUGGGGACUACACUGGUCAUUUAAGAGCUGAAGAAGCAACCGUAUUUGCUGUACCAGCCCUGCAGCAACCCCAGGUGCAACCUCUGGUACAACCUCAGGUCCAGCAUGUUGAAAAGAAAAGUCAGCAACAAGUUAAGCCCCCAAGAAAACAGCCGCAACAAAUUCAACGUCAGCCAUCAUCUGAAGCACCAACAAAGCCCCCCCACACAGAGCCAGUCAAAGUCAGGGAAUACAGUGGACCACAGUUUUUCCAUCUGAGUGAUAGACCACCGAUCAAGAUAGCUUUACCAUUGUUUGGAGAUGGUGUAAAGAACGCAGCAUCUGCCAGAAAAGUGAUUGUUGUCCACCUCACUGGCCAGAGGCUGGAGGUUGUCCUGGACCCAAGCAUCAUGGGAAGGCAGCUGUUUGAUGCGGUCAUUCCAUACCUGGAUCUGGAUGAUUUUUUCUUCUUUGGCUUGACCUACAUUUGUGAAGGGGAACAUUUCUUCCUGGACGCUGACACAAAGCUCCACAAGGUGUCGCCAGAAGGCUGGAAGGAAGGACCUAAAAGUCACUCUCCCCCUGUAACCUUUACCCUCUAUGUCAGGAUUAAGUUCUACCCAGAAUCCUUAACUGACUUCAGACACACCAUCAGCUACCACCUGCUGUACCUGCAACUACGUAAAGACAUCCUUGAAGAAAGAGUGACAGGAAACUCUGAUGCCUUGUUCAGGUUAACUGGGCUAGCGCUGCAGGCUGAAUAUGGUGACCACUCACUGAUGCCCACUGAGGGAUACUUUGCCGUGGAGCACUACUUCUCAUACAUGAACAUCAAAAGAUACGGAGCUGCCUAUUUGUACAACAAUGCUGUGAGGGAACACAAGAACUGUAAAGGUGUUGGGAGCUCUCAGGCUGAAGUGGAGUUUAUUAAGCAUGUGCGCCAUUUGUCUGAGUACGGGAUCCAUUUCCACCGGCUGUUUAAGAGCAAGUCUCAUACAGACAACUUCAUGUGGAUAGGCCUGUCCCAGCACAGCCUGACCCUGGCUGAGCCAGAGGUCCAGGGCAGGAACAUUGUCCAAGACUACCCAUGGAAUUCUAUCCUGAAAAUAUCCUUCAACAAGAGGAGAUUCAGCAUUCAGCCCAAAGUGGAGACCAGUAAAGGGAAACCACCUAAGAUAAACUUCUACACCAACUCCUACAGAAAGGGCCGCUACUUACUGCAGUUUUCCACUGACCAACAUAGAUUCCAGAUCAGAAUGAGGACAAGACCCAGCAACAUGGAAACUCUGGCAGGAGAUCUGAGUGUAGAGGUUAGCCCUGAGACAGUGGAUGCUGGAGUUGGUGAUGAUGCUGUUCAAGAACAGGAUGAUGGGGACAUUAUUUUACCUGCAUAUGUAGACCCAAGUCAACAGGCCUUGCCUGAUGAUGAUGAUGAGGAUGAAGAAGACUGGGGAGGACAAUCAACACAAAAUAACAAACCUCUCCAGUAUAGAAACCCCCCUCCCUACCAGCCUCCUCGCAUGGCCCAAAUUCUAGGAGGACCUGUUGUGUUUCCUGAGCUCGGCACACUUCCACUGCAUGUUUCUACAUCAGACCUGACCAACACAACAUUUGAUGAGCAUCAGCUGCAGCUAUUGCUGGACAUGAGUUCCAGGUCUUUAAGCCUGGAUUCUGCAGUAGUCAGUGAUAGAACAGACUAUGAUGAGGUGUCUCCCCCUUACACCACCCCUCAAUAUUUUAUCUCGGGAGAUCCACAAACAGGGCGACGCAUCUUUGAAAUCACAUUAGAAAAGAAAGGGAAGUUAGGCAUUGGGAUAACUAUUGUAGGAGGGGAGACAACCAAUAGUUUAGACCUUGGAAUCUUUGUGAAAUCUGUACUGCCAGGGGGUCCAGCAGAGCUAGAUGGGAGAAUCAUGCCAGGUGAUCGGCUGAUUGCUAUAGGCGGGGUCAGUCUGGAAGGGAAGCAACACCACGAGGCUGUGGAAAUGAUUCGAGAUGGCGGGGAUAGGAUAACUCUUCUUGUCUCGCAGAUUCGACCCCCUGGCACUAUAAAGAAACGCAACCAUCAAGAUGAGCAUGUUGAUUUUAUGAGAAAAUUGAAUUCUUCUUUGAUCAAUAGCAGUAGCUAUAGAAAUAGUCUAGGAUCUAUAUAUAAUGAAGAUGAGUAUUUAGGCAAUAUCACUAGUGAUUAUUUGCAAUCUGGUAAUUUCCCUUAUAAAAAUGGAAAUAAUGGUGAUAGUGACAGCUACAAUUCUGACAAGGAGAAUCAACUUUUAGAGCACCUCACUUCAGACAAUACACGUAGACACAAGAACCUUGUGGGAACCACAACACACCCCAACACCUUUCUGUCUUUGGCUGACAUUGGAAACCCCAAGAGAAAACCUGGCAGUGGUCAGCAGGAUGGCCAGGAGAGCUACCCAGAGGUGAACAACAAUGAACUGGACGAUGACGUUCUGAUGAAACUUCGUGAGGACCAGGAGCUGCAGUACGAGUUGAACAGGGAGUCAGUCAGCUGGUCACCUGUGGGUACUCCUGGAGCUUCUGCAGAUUUCUAUCAUGGUCAGCUGACUAAAGAGGAGGAGGAGGCCCUACAGAUACUAGGUGACAUUGCAGCACUAGAUAGAGAGGACUCAUCAUCUGACAGUGACUUUGAGAGUGCUGUGAAGAAGACUGUAGAAGGGCCAUUGAAUAAAGUAGUGGUAGGGAACAAGGCUGUCAACACACGCAACUACAGCUUGAUGGAGGACCCAGCAGAGAAACCUUUAAGUGAGGAUGAAUAUGAGGUCACCCUGGAGAAGAUAAAUGGUACAUUUGGAAUUGAAAUAGAGAGAAAGUACAGCACCAGUCAUGUGAAGGAUGGAGUUUACAUCACCAAAGUCCUGAGAGGCAGCUCAGCAGAGCAGCAAAAAGUCUUGUCCCCUGGUGACAGGCUGUUGAAGAUAGAGGGUAAAAACAUCACUGGACUACAGGACGCACAAGCAAUACUGGACUCAGCAUUGGAUGUCAUCACUGUGAAACUCUCUCGCUCAGAAAAUCAAGGAAAUCAGUUUUAUAAUCAAAAUAUUCUAGAUGGAGAUUUGAUGGCCCAUCCACACCAGCCCCCACAGGUGAAAAACUCCUACCUCAAGUACCAUGACCACCAGGUGUUUAAACCCAUAUCAGACGACCUCACCCAACAGGCAUCCAAUGUUCAGUCAUCAGAUUCAUCAGCAGCAAGAGAAAGAUCAAACCUCAAGGAUACAAUCAAAAUCAGGCCAGUAACCAUGGCUGGCUCAGAGUCUAACACCCAGAGUGAUGUAGACUCGGAUGUGCUGGACAGUUCCCGCUCCGAGCUAGAGACCAUCUACAUAAAUGCUGGGAGAAUCAUGUCCCAAGGUCCGCUAGACAAAUCUUCACCUGAAGGGUACCGUAGAUCAACCCCAGAGAAUCUUCUAGACAGUGAUAUCAUUGACUUCUCUGAUGUAACCUUGAAAGGAGAUGAAAGUUCAGAGUUCAACGAGCAGUUGUAUGUCUUAAGGAAUGCAUUGAAUGAGAGGCUCCACCCCACAGCUUCCCCUGAAAGCUUCUCCCAGUCUUCCUCCAAUGAAUCAGUCAUCAGAUCCCCACAGAAGAUUUCAGAAGAAAGGCGGAAAUCUUUGUUGAGGCUGAACAAGUUUGAGCAGGUUGAUGGUUCAAGUCCCACGGAGAGAGGCCACAGCGAGGAUGGUGGUGCAGUGGCUGAGCUACAGAGUCGGAGGUUUGAUGAGGGUAACAGUAGGUCCAGCAUCAGACAGAUGGCAGCAAUGUUUGAGCAACCUCCACCACCCAGCAGCCCAGAGGUAAUUGAAGUCAGUUUACACAAAGAGCAUGAAGGCUUUGGCUUCACAGUAGCUGGUGGGGCCAACACUGGUGGCUGCUAUGUCAAACAGCUGAUAUCUGACCCUGCCAUCUCUUGUGGCAGGGUCAGGCCAGGGGAUAAAAUCAAAAAGAUAAAUGGUACAGAUGCCACAGUCCUGAGCCAUGUUGAAGCCGUCACUUUGUUGAGGAAGAUUCCAGAACUUGUCCACUUGCAGCUUGAGAGGCCCCCAUCCUUCAGAGGCAGGGUGAGCAGGGGAGAGAACCUUACAAAUUUGAAGAAUGUGUCCAUUGUGAGUGAGUCAGCAGCACCAAUCUCUGAUGUGACCCAAAGGCCAGUCAAAGAACUGGUCAAAUCUUUGGACACUCCCAAGGCUGUCAUUAAACCAUAUGACUACAAGGCCAGCAAAGACACCUCAAGCAAUCUACCACCAGAAGACCCCAGUGAAGACACACAUGAAAAUAUGUUAACAAUCAAGUUAAAGAGGCAAGGGGAAGCAAAGGCCAGCCUGGGCUUUAGUAUUGUACAACGUUCACAUGAUGGAGCUUCUGGUAUCUAUGUCAAGAAACUGCAAGUUGGUGGAAUAGCUGAAACAGAUGGACACUUGUGUGCUGGGGAUCAAAUUUUACAGGUGAACAGCACCUCCCUGAAUGGUGUUGAAAAAAGCCAAGCUAUUUCUAUCAUCAGAGAGGCAGGGGAAGAGGUUACGCUCACAGUCCUCAGAUCUGACAAGCGUAAAGUUCAUGCAGAUGGCAAAAACUACACAAAAGAGGCUGUAGACACUGAUGAAGAUAUAAGCUCGUUAGCUGAAGAUGCACUAAGCUUAAUGGAGAGAACCAAAGAUGAAGUUAUACCAAGCACUACAAGUAAACCUGUGGCAGCUCAAGGAUCUAAAGCUCUGGAAUGGUACGUUUCCCCUCGCAAGGUGGGCAUGGAUGUGCCUGUGAUUUUAAGCAAUGAAUGGCUGGAUGAGCUCCCCUUGUUGUGCAAAAGUCAGAACGCCAAUGAUGUCUACCUGAUUCAGCUGUUCCAACAGCUGUCUGAUGCUGUGGAGGGAGGGGAACCUAGUGAGGAGUUUAAGAAUCUUCACCAAAUGAAAGAAACCAGUCCGUGUGAUGUGGGGAGAAUGGCAUCCAACAAGUCCAAGAACAGAUACAGGAAUGUCUUACCCUAUGAUGAGAAUAGAGUGAAGCUUUUAAACAUGCCCAACGACUACAUCAACGCCAGCUACAUCAGCGUAGGUGUGGGUGAGCAGCAGCUGAGGUACAUCGCGUGCCAGGGGCCUGUGACCGACUCAGUCUCAGACUUCUGGUACAUGAUAUGGCAGGAGAAGAUCAACGUCAUUGCCAUGCUGACCCAGGUCACUGAAGGGGGGAAAGCCAAGUGCAACUGUUACUGGCCCUCAACUAAAGAUGAAAUUGUGGAGGUUUAUAAUGGGGCCUUGAAAGUGAAACAGAUGAGAAGUUACCACCUGCAAGAGAUAUUUGUGCUGCACAUGACAAUUGAGGAAACCAGCACUGGCUAUGGAAGGGAAGCUACUCUAUUGCAAUACACUGGUUGGCCUGAUCAUGGGGUUCCUGAGACUGCUCUCCCUUUGUUAAAGCUACUUCAAGUGGUCCAUCUGUUUGAGCAAGGGUCACCCCCACUGGUCCAUUGUAGUGCUGGCAUUGGUAGAACUGGGACUUUUAUAGCAGUAGACAUUGCUCUCACAUCCAUUGAACAGGGCCUACAGGUGAAUUUAUAUGACAUAGUGAGCAGUUUGAGGAAACAAAGAUAUGGCAUGAUUCAAACAACUGACCAGUACCAGUUCUGCUACACUGCUUGUAUGGAGGCCCUGUUGAGUCUGGACUGUGAGGACAAAUAGCCUCAAGGGGACAGCCUGAAACAACAAAGAUCUGGACAGCCUAAAGAAGGGGACAGCACAGAUAAGGGCAGAUAGCCUUAAGAAGGGGACAGUACAGAUAAGGGCCGAUAGCCUAAAGAAGGGGACAGCACAGUUAAGGACAGAUAGCCUUAAGAAGGGGACAGCACAGAUAAGGGCAAUAGCCAAAAGAGGAUGGCACAGAUAAGGACAGAUAGCCUAAAGAAGGGGACAGCACAGAUAAGGGCAGAUAGCCUAAAGAAGGGGACAGCACAGAUAAGGGCAGAUAGCCUAAAGAAGGGGACAGCACAGAAAGAACAGAUAGCCAAAAGAGGACAGUACAGCACAAAUGAACAUAUUUAACCUGUAAGGGAGAAGCACAGAUAAGGACAGAUAGCCUGAAAGUGAAGCCUGGUUUUCUCUUCACUUCAAAUACACAGCUAAAUAUGUUGAGAUGGAUUAAAUUUAUUGGGGUUUUUUUUUUUCGUGUUUUCACACAGAUGCUUUAUGCAACUGGGAUUCAAAAUAGCUAAUUAAUUUACCAUUAACCCUUUACUGUCAGGAAUCGAAAACCUUUUUUUCUAUUUAACUACUUUCUUUUUUUAUCUUUUUAUUUACACUUUAAUCAAUGUUGAAUUCAUCAGCAGUAACCUUUUUGUUAGUUUAUAAUUUAACUAAUUAUUUAUACAAGUAAAAAAAAAAUGUAAAUAAAACUGUUUCUGACCUGCUUCGGUAUCUAAAAAUCUCAUUACUAUGCUGAAAUGAAAAUACUGCCUAUAAAGAUCUCAGGCACAUUUGGGCACACAAGACAGUAAAGGGAUAAGAGUAAAAAAAAAUCUUUUCUAUACGUCAAUGAUUGUUAUCAAGUCAACCUAUACUAAGGUUGACAGGCAGCUGAUUUUUACUUAACCAUAACAAUAACAUAACCUUUCAUAAAUCAUCAGCAGUAACAAGACAUUUCCUUAUGAAUUUGUCAUUGAGGUGCUCUAAAACUGGUUCAUAUUAUUGUGAAAUCCAAUUUUGGUUUUGGUUUGUACUCUGUGAAGAACGUUGUACCAUAGUUUGUUGUACCAUAUGAUUGUACCUGGUUGUGAUAGUGAUCAAAUGUGAUAUUUCUGAUUGUAUAUGUAAUCAUGACAAAUUCUUGUGAUGAGUGAAUGAAAAUAAAAUACUCUCCGUCCUACAAUAUAAACAUGUUCUACCUAUAAACACUGUAGAAUUAGAGUUUAUGAGGUAAUCAACUUUUUCUAUUUAUUUUAUAAGCACCUAACACUGGAUUUAUUUAUAUUUUUGUACCAUAAUUCUUUGCACUGUAAUAUGGUAUUAAUUGAAGUUAACAUUUUUUUAAUUACCAAAGAUCUGGAUAAUGGUUUAUUUUAUUGUAUCUUUAUUAUGAUAUAACUUCAUGUGUGGGAUUUUGGGGUAAAAUCUUUUGUACUCAAAUUUCAUAUUUUUGGUAAAUUAAUGUUUUUGUUAUUUAAGAACAAUUAUUAAUUGGAUGUAACUGAAGAAAAUUGUAUUUCUACUGUGUGCAAUAUUUUAUUUUCUCUUAAAGGGGGAUUUAUAUUUGGCAAAAACAUUUUUUUCCUUGUCAGAAUUGUUACAUUAUCUUCCCUUACUGCCCAUUAUAGCUCUGUGAUGUUUAGAACAUGUUUGCAACAUGUAGUUGUAACCAAUGGUGUUUGCAACAUUUAGUUGGAACAAAUUGUGUUUGCAACAUAUAGUUGGAACAAAUUGUGUUUGCAACAUUUAGUUGAAACAAAUUGUGUUUGCAACAUUUAGUUGAAACAAAUUGUGUUAGCAACAUGUAGUUGGAACAAAUUGUAUUUGCAACAUUUAGUUGGAACAAAUUGUGUUUGCAACAUAUAGUUGGAACAAAUUGUUACUGUUUAAAGUGAUGCAUUUAAAGAACAAUGGCCUAAAGUCAACCCACUGUUUGUUUCUACAAGCCAGUGUCAAGCAAUAUAAUAUAAUCUUCCUAUACUUACAGUAUUUCAUUUGUUAAAUACUCAGAUUUCAUCAGAACCCUGUGUGGAUUAAGUCAUAGCCAAUAGUGUGACUUGUAUGAACACAACUCCACAGUCCCAUUUAGUAUUAUUAUACUAACUUAUGUAUCCUAUUUAGCCAACAGCAUGUUACUGUAUUGCCAUUAGUCAACAUUCCUGUAAUCUGCGUCACUAUAUUAGCAGAUGUAAACAAGGUUCACACAAGAACUCCGGCACCUUUCGUUUUUACUCAUUUAAGAAAGCGUCAAAUUUAUUUUCAUCUUUGUAAUCACUUUUUUUUACAUUUUCGUUGGGUUACUUAAAUGAGUUUUGAAAUUAUAACAAUGUGAAUCUA